AUGGUGUUAUCCUCUGGCACCGCCAUAUUAGAUAUUCAUUCCAUCAAGGCCCUCCUUGAUGACAAGUUCAAAAUUAAGGACUUAGGCUCAUUGAAAUACAUUCUUGGCCUUGAGGUAUCUCGAUCUCACAAAGGAAUACUCCACAAUCAAAGGAAAUAUGUUUUAGACGUUAUUUCUGACAAUGGUUUACUUGCUACAAAACCUUGCUAUACCCCUCUUGCCAAAGAUUACCACAAUGUUGAUCCAACUCCUACUUCAUAUCUAGAUCCUUCUGCAUACAGAAGGCUUGUUGCUAUUCUCUAUUAUGAUAGCCAAUCUGCUAGACACAUUGCUUCAAAUCCAACUUUUCAUGAACGUACUAAACAUAUUGAUAAUGAUUGCCACAUUGUUCGUGAGAAGCUUCAAGCACAUCUCUUCCACCUCCUUCCUAUUAAUCUACCCAUCAACUUGCGGAUUUCUUCACCAAACAACUUGAAGCAACUCCCUUCCAAAAGCUUAUUUCAAAACUUGGCAUGUUUGAUGUACAUGCUCCAGUUUGCACGGGUAACUGAUGCAAUAACUUGA